UUCUGAUGCACUCGAAUAUGCUUUUAAGCUCAAUAAUGAAGUUCUUGGACUUAUUUUACCUGUAACAAUUUUAACAGAAUAUUAUUGGGUCGAACAUGUUAAGAAUACUAUCGCGUUUUUAAUGGAUGCUGAUAAUAAUAAGCGAUGCGAAUUCCAUGCUGAAAUUAAUGAAGGCGAAAUGGAAAAAGAUUAUGAAUACAAAAUAUUGGAAUACGAAAUUAAUCCUUUUUCAGGUCUGCCAUAUAAACAAUAUAAGUCAAGAAUUUUACAAAUCACCCAAAGAAUUAAUAGGGAUCUCGUUCCAUCAACGAACAUAUCUGCAGAUGACAUAACUCAUAAACAAAAACAAUUAUUCAGCGUCUAA